AUGGAUUGGCAGCAGGCUAUUAGCUGCCAAUCACUUAUUCGCUCAAUGUCAGCCGUUCGUCUGCAACUCGGAAAAUACGUGAGUUGGGGCAUUCUUGCGAUCUCUCUGCUUCUUUCACAAUAGUUCUUUUGAGCCGUCCAAAAAUCAAAAAAAAAAAAAGAAGAUUUCACACCUGUCCAAUUUUGUAGACUGACGAGAGAUUAAAGGCGCAAAUAUUGUUUUUUGUUUGAGUCUCGAGACGAAUAGAAGUGUCACACACGUACACGUCACCUUUUUAAUUUCGAGAAAUUUUUUUUUGAAAAAAAUUUUCAGUUUUUUUUUUCUCUCCAAGAAUACUCCUACCGUACUCCUCAUCAAAAGGCACACACAAUUUUUAUCCCGUCUCUCGCAACGCGGAUGUGAAAUUAUCACUAAUUUUUUGUUCAAAAAAUUCCACACAAUUUUUUUCAAAGCGACCGCAAAAAAGCGCCAGCAGCAUUAAAUAUUUUUUUGCAAGUUGUGCAAAAAUAUUUUUUGACCUAGGUCACUUUAUUUUUUGGUGGGCGGCGGCGGGAAGUUUUGAAUUCGCUAGACUAUAGUCUAGUUCGGGGUAUAAAAGACGAGCGUUCGCCGUUCUCAGGCAGUAGAAAACUCCGGAGGGGAACCAGAAAACGCAAAAACUCUGGAGAUAGGCCAAAGUGGGUACAGAAAAUCGAGAGAGCGUCUGUUUUUUCUAGUUUGUCACGCCUUUCUAGUUUGAUUUUGGCGAUUCUCUGGAGCAAAUCGCUGUCGAUCGAACGCGCUCCAUCGAAUGAUGACAAUGACGAGUCAUUUUUUCAUUUCAUUUAUUUUUUCCGUUUUUCUAGUUUUUGCUAUUUCCUUUCAAAAUCACUCAAUUUUCAGAGUUUCAUAAUCUGAUUUGAUAAUUUUCAGACAGUUAAAAUCGGCCAGAAACAUUGUGCGCCCUACGACAUCGUCAUAGAUAAAAGUCAACCUGGACUUGGGAUGAAAUUAGCGAUUUUUGCUCCUGGUGAGUGAAGUUUCUUCAAAAAAGGUAAAUACUGGUUUUAUUUGUAGAUUCAACUGGAUCCCGUUGCGCCAGGAGAAUGGAGAAAACAAAGGCUCGCUCGAUUUUUAUUCCUGGAUGA